AUGGUCCAACAAAAGAAACCAACCGUUGCCAUCAUUGGAGGCGGCUUUACUGGUAUCCAGGCUGCUGUACAGCUUAAAAAACAACUCGGCAUUACUGCACAAAUCUUUGAAUCCACAAAGGACGUGGGAGGCACUUGGCAUGUCAACAGCUAUCCCAACUGUGCUUGUGAUGUCCCAUCCCACCUUUACUCCUUGAGCACUGAAAUCAACCCCAAUUGGUCGCAACUUUAUAGCGGUCGUGAUGAGAUUUAUGCAUAUCAACAAGGAAUCGCCAAGAAGCACAACUUGUACGCCCAAACCCGGCUCGAGACACGAGUGACCGAUGCUACUUGGCUUGAUGAUGAACGUCAAUGGUUGUUGGAUCUUCAAGAUUGCAGCAGUGAAAAUAAGCCUUUGGAGAGCGUCAAAUUUGAUAUCAUCUUUGUGAGUGUGGGUUCCAUUCGUGUACCCCGAGUACCACAAGAAUUCAAAGGCUUCACAGGCCCUAUCUUGCAUACAGCCCAAUGGGAUUCCACUGUUGACUUUACAGGCAAACGUGUUGCUAUUAUCGGAAGCGGUGCCAGUGCUGUACAAACAAUCCCUGCAUUAGCCGAACAAGCCAAACAAGUUUACAACUAUCAACGUACACCCAUUUGGUGCAGAUUGAGAAAUCAAUUCUCGUACUCGAGCUUUAUGAAGUUCAUUUUCCGCUAUGUUCCACUUGCGGCACGUUUGUAUCGUUUGAUGAUUUUCCUUCGUAUGGAGUCCAAUUAUUUGAUUUUCGGAUACUACAAGAGUUUCCUUGCACGUAUGGCACGCAAGAAACUAGAAGGUGAAAUGCGUAAUCGAAUCCUAAAGUCCGGCCGACCUGAUCUCGUCGACAAGUUAAUUCCUAAAUACCCACCCGGUUGUAAGCGUAUCGUGGUUACGGAUGAUUACUUGGAGACGCUUUGUAAGAGCAACGUGGUUGUCGAGACAUCACCCAUUGAAUCGGUGAAGGGUAACACGAUCACCACCAAGGAUGGUAACCAAGAAGAAUUUGAUAUCUUGUGCCUGGCCACUGGAUUUGAUGUGCAAGGUUUCUUGGGUCAUUUGCAGAUCAAGGGCAAGGAUAAGCAAACGUUGAAUGAAGCAUGGCACAACAAAUUCCCUGAUACCUACAAGACCGUCAAUGUACAUGGUUACCCCAACGCUUUUAUUCUUUUAGGUCCAUCCAGUCUUCUCGGUCACAAUUCGGUCCUUAUCAUGGCUGAAUGUCAAAUUAAUUAUGCUAUCCAAACCGUACGAUCCAUGAUCAAGAAUAAGAUUGCUGCUUUUGAGCCCAAGAAAGAAGCACAGCAAACUUACGUAGCCGGAUUAAAGAGUGAUCUCGAUAAAACGGUUUGGAAGGGUAACUGUACCUCUUGGUAUGUCAACAAAGAAGGCGAUGUCACCGCUCUUUGGUCAAGCACUGUUACACGAUUCUGGUGGUUGUUGCGUAAAUUCCCUGGUUUCCACAAGGAUUACAUUACUUAUAAGGCAAAGGAACAUUAG